CGUUUUUUACACUCUCUUCGUAGUCUCUCUUCUGAUUUGGGAUUUUUUUCCUUCACAUCCCUUUCCUCACCGGUACUGUACUGCUGGCUUGCUAUUUCGCUGUGCAAGCACUGUACUUUUUUCUUUCUUUGUUUCUUUCCUUUUUUUUCUGCUGUACCUACAUGUACGCGGUAGUCUAGAAUCCUUGCUUCGAAUUCAUCAUCUACGGAGGGAAGAGAAAGAAAAAAGAAAAGGAAAAAGAAAGAAAGAAAAGGGAGGAGGAGAUAAAAUUUACGAGAAGGAAGAAAAGCGAUCAAGCGAACAUACAGCAAAAAGAACAAACUCAAAAGGCUAUCUCCGGAGCCGCCAGAGCUUGUUGCUGGGUCUGUCGGCUACCUGGUUACCAGGCUCAUCUCUGUCUACCCUCUUCUCCCUCUCUCCCUACGGUCGCUCCUCUCCACGCGCACAUCUUACAACCCCCCCCCUCCUUGCUCUUCCGUCGAAACUUCUGCUCCUUAGCGACCAUUCGCGGCAACAGGAGCAUCGUUGAACAUCAUUCCCGCAGCUUUCCUCUUGUUCACUUCGGGAACAACCCCCAAGUGUUCGACUGUUUUCGUUGCGGUUGAACAUCCUCCGACUCUGCUACUCGCCUGUUCAACUAGAUCUAUUCUUUCUGGGUUCCUUAACCCCCUACAUCCUUACGGGAACCAACAAACGUCGCUCCGCUUUUCUUCGGUGGGCUAUCCCGGCUGACCUAGCGUCGUGAUUUGUCUCUUUUCUGCCCGUUUUAACUUUCGGACGCUAAAUCAAUCUUCUCCCGCCUCAUCUCUCUCCUGUAAUGAUUGCCACUGCAACCGCCCGACAUUCCCCUCUCUUCUCACCAAACUCAUCGCACGUUGAUAGAAACGGACUGAGUAACGGGAGCUGGGGAAACGGGGCAUCUGAUAGUGGAGCUCGGGAGGGCAGGUCCAACAGCACAUCGAACUCCUUCUCCCGAGAACGCUCUUCUUCCAACGUUAGAGAGUCAUCAGCCAUGCCCCAGAGGGUUAUACGACAGGAAAUUCAGGUACCCUCCAGAAUGUAUGUGCGCGCCUUAUACAAUUAUGCUUCCGAAGACCCUACCAGUUUGAGCUUCAGUCAGGGAGACGUGAUCCAAGUUAUCACUCAGCUGGAAAGCGGAGAGGGUGGUUUCCAAGCAAUUAUUAACGAGAUGGUUUGGCUUCGCCGGGCCGAUGAUGAGGCGGCAUUCUGGAUUCCUCAGGCGACGCCAGAUGGGAGGUUGUAUUACUUUAAUAUGAUAACGGGGGUAACGAGGACUGAACUUCCGUUGGAAACGCCAACAUCGACGACGGAGUCUGGCCCCCGAGAUAGGUUGAAUUUCUCGGCUCCUGAGCAGACACGUCCACCGCCAGAACUGAUGGCUAGGGGUUAUGAGAGAGAAGAACCGGCCUAUCGUGACCUUGGAGAUGACGAUGUGGAGUCCGCGUCGGAUAAAGAAGGAGAAAUGUUGGUCUUGUCCAUGCACAGUCCGUCAAGAGUAGCUGACAAGACUCUCGUAGACCGCGAAUCGCAAGCUACCCUGGUAGAUAGCGUCUCGACAUCCAUCGACGCCACCCGCGGCCCCAACGGCUCGUUCCAACCUGGCCAUUCGCGGUCGCUCUCCGUGUCAACAACCGCCACUGCUGUUAAUCUGAACGCUGGCUCCCCUACUAUCAACACAAAAUCCACUCCGAGCGCAUAUCACGACAACGGAAUGCCUGUGCCAUCAUCUUGGGACGAGCUCAUCGAUAACACAAGGCUUGCUGUGGAGAGGUACCGACAGGCAGUCAAUACCUUCGACCGUGCUCAAUAUGUCGCUCGAGCUGAAGAUGUUUCUGACAUGCUUCGAUUGUUGAUUGCGGCGGGCUCAGCAACCACCGACAACCACUCCGGACAGCCCUCGAUAAUAAUUAGUAAUAAGGCCCUCAAUCCACAUUACAGGCAUUUCAUGGCAGCAUUUUCGAAGCUGGUUUUAUCCUCACAUGUUGCUGCUACAGACUGUCCACCAGCUGAUGCAGAAUCAAAGUGUUUGGGCGAGGCCGAUGAAGUGAUGAUUGGGGUGUUUGGUUUUGCUGAUGUUGCCAGGGCGCAGCGGGGUGAAAAACUCCCACGGUUAAAGCCUGGUUUUGUCUAUGGGAGUCAUGCUGGUGGAGGCUGGAAGGGCGUUGGCAAGGCAGUUGUUUCAUCAAAGAUAUCGGGAGCUGCUGCACUCUCUCCUGCCGAGGAUCCUUUGCUACCCCUCACACCAAAUCUGAUUGAAAGAAUGGAGGAAGUUUAUGGCAUCGUCAAACCUGCUCUAAAGCGCUUAGAGAGUACCCUGGAGAAUACCGAAACUGUUGUUUCUGAAUAUGAGCAGGAAAUCAUAGGCGCGCGUGUUAUCAGUGCAGCUCAGGGCGCUUUUGAUGCGAUCAAGAGAUACUUCAACUUAAUUGAGAGCAUAAAUAUGUCCCCAUUGUCGGCAACUCCCCAGCAUCCUACCUUGGUUGAUUUCUCGACCCAAAAGCAGCGAUUGCAUGAUUCCUUUGCCGAACUUUUCCUGUCCUGUCAAGCCGUGACAGCGCCAUUGGCUGACGAGUGGGCUGCUCUACGUGGGGAGCCUUUGGAGGAAAGAUUGAAUUCGGUACGCAUCUACGUUAAGGAAAUAGAAAGUGGCAUCAGUUCUCUCAACUUCUCAACUCAAUUGCUUGUUGAAGAAAGGCAGGAGAGGGAACCAAAUAAGGAUAUUCGAACAGAAGAUCUUCGAAAACCAGAUGCUUCGCCUAUCGAUCAAGCCAGUCGCACUCCAGGCCCAUUGCAUCAACGCACAGGUUCGCGUCAAACGUCUCGGGUUACAUCGUCUAUGGAUCGUGGCAUUAGGCCAGGUGGGGGAGGUGGAUCAAAAGCUGCUCGAGUGUUUGGUGAAGAGCCGCCACCGGAGACUCCUUCGUAUCUUAACUGUGAUUACGACUCAGAAAUUAUCUAUGGCGCAAGGAACAAGGUUAAGGGUGGAACACUAGUUGCUUUGGUUGAACGGGUUACUCGUCAUGACAUGCUUGAUUCGAAUUUCAUCAGCACCUUUUUACUGACAUAUCGAUCUUUCACAACUGCUUCCGAAUUGUUCAAGCAGCUCGUCAGGAGAUUUACCGUCCAGCCUCCCUCGGCCUUGAGCGGUUCUGAAUUCGAGAUAUGGACUGAGAAGAAACAGAAACUUAUCAGAGUCCGCGUGUUGAGUAUUUUGAAGAUGUGGUUGGAACAGAAUUGGAUGGAGGGUUUGGACGACAACGCAAAGGAUCUCUUGAAGAAGAUGUAUCUAUUUGCGAAGGAUGUCAUGCUUCCACAGCUUUCUGGCACAAGUCAAGUGCUGUCCUUGAUUGAAACACGCCUUCGGGGACAAGAACCAGAGAUGAAGCGGUUGAUCCUUAAUAUGGUUGUCCAGCCACCUCCUCCGAUCAUGCCGAAACAUAUGAAGAAGCUCAAAUUCUUAGACAUUGAUGCACUAGAGUUUGCGAGACAGCUCACAAUCAUUGAGUCUAAGUCUUAUGGCAAGCUGAAGGCUGCCGAAUGCCUCAGUAAGGGCUGGAGCAAGCAGCCUUCAUCUGGCGGCCCUGACCCAGCCGAAAACAUUCGCGCGAUCAUUAUGCAAUCGAAUCGCCUGACAAACUGGGUUGCGGAGAUGAUUCUCACCCAGACUGAGGUUCGGAAGCGGGUGGUCGUCAUUAAACAUUUCAUUGCUGUCGCUGAGAAAUGCCGGCUUUUGAAUAACUUUUCGACGCUCACUGCCAUUCUUGCUGCGCUGCAAACAUCCUCUAUACAUCGUUUGAAGCGGACGUGGGAACAUGUUCCCUCUAGAACCAACCAGACGUUGGAGGGGAUGAAUACUCUCAUGGGUGCAACUAUGAAUUUUGCAGAAUAUCGAGAGAUGCUGCACAUAGUCAACCCUCCAUGUGUCCCAUUCCUCGGUGUCUAUCUCAAAGAUCUUACCUUUGUUGCAGAUGGCAACGACGAUUUCAUCAAAGGGGAUCAGAAGCUUAUCAACUUCGACAAGCGAGUUAAGACGGCGAACAUCAUCCGAGAGAUCCAACAAUAUCAAUCGGUCCCGUACCCCUUGCAACCUGUCCCAGAGCUCCAGGAUUAUAUCAUUUCAAACAUGCAGUCAGCUAGAGAUGUCAAUGAUAUGUAUAACCUGUCUCUAAGCCUCGAGCCUAGAGAGCGUGAGGAUGAGAAGAUUGCGAGGUACUUCGAUUUCCUAUAAUCCCUCCCCUGAUAUUUCCUUACCCUUUUGCAUCAUGUCUUCCUCUCCUUUGUUCCUUCACCGGCUCCCUCUUUUUGGUUAUGAUAAAAGCCAAGUUACAGGAAGUCCUAAAACUUCAAGGGAGAUUAGAGUCGGUGGGGGAACGAGCACACUCUAGAACUAUAAAUGGGGGAAUUUAGGUUCUGACGUAAGACGAUCUAUUUCUACAGGCUGUUACAAGAGUCAGGAUUCUUAUAAACGCAAUGGUCUGGGUCUUUCAUCUUUUAUUUUUCUGGUACUUCCGGCUAUGGCAUUUCAAUUGGUUUGGUGGGUCGGUGCUAUUUUUUUAUUUUUUAUUUUUUUUCAAUUCUCAGUUUCCUUCGGUCUCAUUAUCGCCGGGGCUUAUUCUUGCGAGUUUGGGGCGACGGGGUUUGUUUCGAUCACCUUCCAUAGCUAGUUACCACUUCAUUUGAUACAUUGUUGGUUUGGUUCUUUUUCCUUUUCUUUUCCUUUCCUUUCUUUCCGCCCGUUUCUUGGUGAAAAGAGUUGUUUUUUGACCCAAUAUUUUAACGUCUUCUCUUGGUGGGGUUAUCUUAUUUCGCGGUACUUUUUCUCAGAUUUUUUUUUAAUUCUUUUUGAAAAAGGAAAAACCAUCAGUCCUGACGGUUGUUGUAUAAGUUGCAAAUGGGCAAACUUGCAAGGCUCAUGAGAAGCCAGGAGUCUUGUUUAAUAAACAAAAAAAAAAAAGAGGGAUCUUAAUCGCCAAA